GAAACACUGAACGUUAGUGUGAUGUUGUAGUGAACCGAUACUGGUGGGGAAGCGGAAGUGAACAGCGAGUAACCAGCGUGUGUAUGUGUAUGGUCGUGCUGCUGUGUGCUUCAGAUUCAGUCGGCUGAUGGUCAUGAUGCUGGAGAGGAGCAGGGUGACAGUGGUGGCGGAUGUCUUCUUCAGCAAAAGACUCUUAGCUGAGGAGGAAGAGAGAAUUCACUGUCGCUGCUCAAGAGCCUUCGUACAGGAUCGGGAGCUGUAUCGCUCUGAUAAUAGAUUGCUCUCAUUUGAUGUGGCAAACACUGCAGUCCGAGAAGAAGCAGAUGAUGAAGAGGAGGAGGAAGAAGAGGAGGCUGAUGGUGUGGAGAAGGGCGUGUUGGAUGAAGAGGCUCAGCUGAUGGCCAGCAUGGGUCUGCCCUUGGCCUUUGCUAGCUCCUCUGACCGGAGGAGAGUGGGGAGGAGGUCUAACAGCAAGCCUGCCUCAUUCUGGGCAGAAUCUGCUGAGGAAGAGGAAGAUGAUCAACAGGCUGACAAUAAAGCUGAUGAAAAUGAAGAGUGCAUAUCACCAGCGGAUGGAACUGGAGAGACCCAAGCUGCUGGCUGGGAAACAUACUGGGCUCAACAGGGUGAAACUCUGCUGUGGAACAGCUGGCUGGAGAAACAUCCAGAGACUGAUCCAGGAACAGUGACUGCUCCUUGGGAUGACCCAGAUACAAAAGCUGUCUGGGACCAACAUGUCACAGAGACCUACUACUCCUACUGGGAGCAGUUCUCAUACUGGUCAGCACAGGGCUGGACCACUGACCAGUCGGUCUGUAAUGGGGACGCUGGUGGAGAAGCAGCAGCAGGGGUGAUGGACAAAGACAUAGAGGCACAUCCAGAGGAGUGGAGUGAUGGACAGACUGGGGCUGAGAGCCAGCAGAGAGAAAAAGCAGAAGAAGUAACAGCUGUUGAUGAUGAUGCUUUGGUGUUGAAUGAUCUCUUUGGACAGAAGUGUACAUUAGGGACAGGAGGGAGGUGUGUGACUGACUCACAGACAGACGGGCAGCGUGUGAGUGUGUCUGAUACCAGAGAGCUGUCAGAGACAGAGCACUGUGGCUCUGAUCCUCCUUCUGAUGGUGGGAAUGAUCACAACAGACCUGCUGCCUCUUCACAGCAGAACACAGCUCAACAUACAGAUUCCCAACAGGCUGCUGGUAGCCCUGACAGACAGCAUGGCUCAAGGAAUUAUAUGCCAGAUAGAGAAGAUGAUGAUGAUGAUGACAAACCUCCAGGAGGAGGACUAGCCAAAAUCAAACGCAGUCAUGAGCUGGAUGUGGAAGAGAGUCCACAGCUGACACCAGAGGAAGCUUGGAAUAAACUGGGACUCAAACACAACCCAGAGCCACUGUUCAACAGUGUGUUCAGCUUUAAAAGCAGUGCUGGUCAGAAGCCUCGGAGGCAGAGGUGGGCUAAGAGAGCAGUCCGCAGCAUUGGCAAGCACAUCAGGUUCUCAGAGACGUGUGGAGAUAACAAACAGCCACAGACCAGCACCACCCUCUGCAAGGUCAAAAACUUCCUUGAAAAGACUCAGAGGGAGACCCAGAUGACUCCAUGUGACCAGGGUGAGAUGGAAGGAGGAAGCACAAAGGAACCUGAGGACAAGCAUCCACAUCUGAGAGAAGUAAUGGGAGAAGAAGAGAAGAGGAGGAGGAAGAGGAUGAAAAGUGAGGGUGUGGAAGAAGAUGGUUCUGACACUCCAUCCAGUGUAGUUACAGAGAGAAAUCUCAGCUCUUCUACUGGGACUGUUGAUAGUGAGAGGGAGGAGGAGGAGGAGGAGGAGGAGGAGCAGCCUGGUAGACAGUUAACAUGUCUAGAAAUUCCCGAGUUCCUCAUGCCCGACGCACCUGAAAGCAACAGUGAGUUGAUGGUGAAAAAUAGGAAGAAGCCAAAGAGUAAGAAGAGGAAGCAGCAGGUUCCAGCAGAGAUGGCAGCUGAACCAGAGCUGGCUAAAUACUGGGCUCAACGCUACAGACUCUUCUCUCGUUUUGAUGAAGGGAUCAGGCUGGACCGAGAGGGCUGGUUCUCUGUGACGCCGGAAAGGAUCGCUGAGCACAUCGCCCUCAGGGUAGAGCACAGUUUCCCUGACUCUCAGCUGGUCAUAGACGCCUUCUGUGGUGUGGGAGGAAACGCAAUUCAGUUCGCCCUUACUGGAAAGAGAGUGCUGGCCAUUGAUAUUGACCCGGUACGGUUGGACUUGGCGCAGCACAAUGCUACAGUUUACAGUGUCUCUGACCGAAUCGACUUCCUGCAAGGGGACUUCCUUCAGCUGGCACCCCAUCUCCGUGGUGAUGUUGUCUUCCUGUCACCACCAUGGGGAGGGCCAGACUACCUGACUGCUGAGUUGUUUGAUAUCAGGACCAUGAUGCAACCCGAUGGAUUUAAGAUUUUCCGCCUGGCAAAACUGAUAUCAGACAACAUAGUGUACUUUCUGCCUCGCAAUGCUGACAUGGAUCAGAUAGCCUCUCUAGCUGGUCCAGGAGGGAAGGUGGAGGUGGAGCAGAACUUCCUCAACAACAAGCUAAAGACAGUGACUGCUUACUUUGGCAGCUUGAUAAAUUAACUCUGGCACAGGCGUGGACAUUAGGAUUUUCCUCCACUAAAUGAGAACAGAACAAAAAUGUAUUUCUAAUCUAUCUCUCUGUUUCUAAUAGGAAUCCAUUCAAAUACUAAAGAGUACAGUAAUUUGACUUACUUUUUUGUACUUUUACUUUUUAUAUUUCUGUCAUAGACAAGAAACAAGUGAAUCUGAUGAUCUGCAGAUAAAUUUACUGACCACCCUGCAUGUUUGAGCAAUGAUUAACUCUUGAAAAAGACUGUUAGUUAAGAGAGAUUUUUUUCUGAGUAACAAUUUAAUCAUAUUCUUUUUUUAUUGCACAUUACAGCUAAUAAAUAUGUUUUUUAGAAUA